AAUUGACAAACAUAUCAUCAAUGAUUUGGCAAGUUACAACUUUGAACUGAAUAACAAUUUUAAUUUCAUUUCUUUGUUCAUUUUAUAGUAAUUAAACGUUAAGUCUUGAUUUUAUAACUUUUUGUAUGGAAUCUAGUGUUAGUUGUACUAUUCAUGUAAAUAUUUGAGUACCGUUGUGAAAAUCGCGUUGGUGUAACGUUCGCAGUAUGUCCAACGCAACUGUGAACAUCAAGUUCCGUUGGGGUCUGACGGCGUCGGACCCCGAGCGGAAUCCGGUGCUUGUGGUGGGGCAGGUGGCACAUCUUGACCUUCUCAGAUGGGAUGAUGUGAGGUGCAAGCUGGAGACCAGAGUAUCAGAAGAGACAUGGCAGCGCGGUAUAGCGUGCGUGACAUCAUCACCGGGGGACACGGUGGAGCUGUGGCCUCGAGCUGUCUCGCUGGCGUCUCUGCCAGCACGCCGCUCGCGGCACGCGGCGCCGUCACGGUGUCACGCUCUAGCCAAAAUUGUCAGGAACCUACAGCGCUCUACGGAUGAAUUCAUUGUGUUGACGUGCUCCAAGCGUAACUUGUACGCGAGCUGUGUGAGCAUCGCCCGCUCGUUCCCGCUGUACAGCGCGCGGUCGGGCGCGGCGCCGCUCGCGGCCUCGCCUCCGCCGCCGCCUCGCACCGUCGUCGUCGAGAUACUCCUCGUCGAGGACGCACAAGAUGGCGACGGUUCGGAUGACGACGACGUGGGUCCCAUAGAUCCGUACCUCUUAGAUAACACGCUGUCGUCCGAGGACUUGGCGACGUUGCAGGAUGCUGCAGACGCUACGAGACUUGCCGCUCGCAUAGCGGACACGCCAGCCAAUAUUAUGGAUGUGGAUAAAUUCAUUGAAGAAGCGUGCCAAGUGGCGAAGGAAUUGGAGCUGCCCGAGCCGACCAUCAUCCGCGGCGAGGAGCUGCGCGCGCGCGGCAUGGGCGGGCUGUACGGGGUGGGCGCGGGCGCGGCGCGGGCGCCGGCGCUGGUGGCGCUGCACUGCCGGCCCGCGGCCGCCGCCGCCACCGUGGCCUGGGUCGGGAAGGGCAUCGUCUACGACACCGGCGGCCUCUCCAUCAAAGCCAGGACAUCGAUGGUGGGUAUGAAGGGUGACUGUGCGGGCGCGGCGGCCGUGUUGGGUGCGUUUGCGGCUGCGGUCCGCGCGCGCCCCACGGUCAACCUCCACGCCGUGCUGUGUCUCGCAGAGAACGCUGUAGGACCUCUCGCCACCAGGCCAGACGAUAUUCACCAACUGUACUCUGGGCGCACCGUCGAGAUCAAUAACACAGAUGCUGAAGGUCGCCUGGUGCUUAGCGACGGUGUGGUGUAUGCGUCCCGCGACCUCCAUGCUGACACUAUCGUAGAUGUUGCCACUCUCACUGGCGCACAGGGCACGGCGACGGGCAAGUACCACGCAGGCGUGGUGUGCAACCGCGGGUGGCUGGAGGCGGCCACUGUGACGGCUGGCCGGAGAGCCGGGGACCUGGCGCACGCGCUGCCGUACGCGCCCGAGCUGCACUUCGGAGAGUUCAGCAGCGCCGUCGCGGACAUGAAGAACAGCGUCGCGGAUCGGAAUAACGCGCAGCCCUCGUGCGCCGGCCUCUUCAUUCUGGCGCAUCUUGGGUUCGAUUUCCCCGGGAAUUGGCUUCACGUCGACAUGGCCGCUCCCGCGCACUCCGGCGAGAGAGCAACCGGCUACGGUGUGGCGCUACUGAGCGUCCUGUUCGGACAGUACACGCAAAGCAAAUUGCUGCGGGCGCUCUGCCCCCCUGCAGCAGGCGGAGUCUCCAACCGCGAAGGCAGCGCCACCAAGCCUCCGCCGCCGUCCCCGCCGGCCGACUCCUGAGUGUAGUCCGCUGUCGCCAUUUCUCAAUUAGUCCAUAAACCCUAAUUUACAUUACGAAAGCUAUUUUCAUAUUGCACGGAAUUAGUUUUCUAAUUUAAAUUAGCUAUGUGGUAAGAAGCUAUUUUCAAACACGAGAGAAUGCAAAUUG